AUGUCUGGAUGGAUAGAGACUUCUAGUGGUAACAGAAUAUCUCGUUCUGCAGUUAUAGAGGGAUCAGAAAGAAUCUUGCUAAGUGGGAAUACCACAGUUCAGGACAAUGUUAUACUAAAAGGAAGUGCAGAUAUUACGAAUGAUGAGGCAAAGACGCAGGCAAUGAUUAAAAUAGGUAAGUUUUGUUAUCUUGACAAGCAAUGUCAGAUCCUAUCUACGACAAUAGGUGACUCUUACGGGCCUGUCCAAAUUGGAGCGUAUACAAUUGUCGGUGAGAGAAGCGUCAUUGAUCUGGCCAAGAUAGGGAGCAGAGUUUUAAUUGAGUCUGAUUGCAUGGUAGGAAAAAUGACUGAAGUCUACGACUGUUGCCGGAUAAGGAGUGGUACUACUGUAGCACCGUAUACUACAAUUCCUCCUUACAGCGAAGUAUGUGGAACUCCUGGUAUAGAUUUUGAAAUUAAGCCAUUACACAAUUGCUAUAAAAAAUUGAUUGAGAUAGAAGCUCGGCAACGACAAAUAUUAAUGUGA